ACGCACCCCUUGCAAUGAAGAAAACUGUUUUGUUUGCGCGCAGCAAAGGUUGUCAAAAAAAAGUUGCCGCCAUCAAGAGACGAUCACAAACCGCCACAAAUUCUGUCUGCUUGGCUUUCCAUGCAGGUGCGUUCUGUUGUUGAAAGCAAGCAGAAAUGAAUCAAUCGAAAGCAGUCCAUGGAUCCUGCUGCUUCAUUUGCAAGAGUCCGGAGGACAACGAGCUCCUUUACGGGAAGAUUUACACCAAGUGGCGCCUGCGUGUUCAUUAUUAUUGCUUGCUUCUGACAUCAAACCUAAUUCAAAAUGGUGAAUCCGAUGAGGUGGGAAUAUUCGGGUUCCUGCAGCCUGACAUCCGAAGCGAAGAGGCCCGCGUGCGUAAUCAGAAGUGCUACUUAUGUAAGGGGCGAUACGCUAAUAUACACUGCUGUGCGAAGAAGUGCUUCCGUACGUUUCACACGGUUUGCGGCAUUCAGAGUGGAUGUCUGUCCCAUUUUGUCGAUACGUUUCAGUCGUGGUGUGAUCGACACGUAGAACUGCCCAGUAAAGUACAGCAUGGUGAGGAAGAUGUGUGUGGCAUCUGUUACGAUGCGAUGGGACCGUUCAACAAGCUGGAAUCGAUCUAUGCACCCUGCUGCCAAAAUGGCUGGUUCCAUCGGCGGUGUGUGGCGCAGUUUGCCCAGACGGCGGGCUAUUUUUUCAAGUGCCCCCUGUGCAACAAUAAGGAUGAAUUCGGGAGGGCCAUGCAGCUUAGGGGUGUUUUCAUCCCGGAAAAGGAUGCCGCCUGGGAACUAGAGCCGAACGCGUUUGGAGAGCAAUUGGAACGUCCUUCAGAGUGUGAUGCAGAGGAGUGCCUCUGUCGGUACGGACGGGAUUACGACAACAACGGUAAAUGGGAUCUGCGGUUGUGUGAGACUUGUGGCUCAAACUGCCGGCAUGAUCUGUGCAUGGAGAUACCGACAAAAAACUAUGUCUGCACGUUCUGUCGCCCGAUUGUAGGCGAUGAAGUACCAGCCGCUGUGCUGGCAUUGGCGGAAGCAUCCCGUAAAGCGGAAGCAGCUAGAAGAGCUGCUGCUUCUUCGGAUGAGGAUGACGAUCGGAGUUCAAAUGGUAAAAGGCGCGAAUCGGGCAUUCACAGUCCUGGUAGUAGCAGCAGUAGCGUUGGAAACAGCUCUAGGUCUUCAGUUGUCCGAACAGGCAAUAAAAGCCACAAAAAGAGCCGAGGACGACGCAUUGAAUCAACUGAUUCCAGUGCGGAUUCAUCAAUCAUUGACCAUAAAAAUCGAAAGUCUGGAAGAAAACAAAAUGUGUUGGAGAGUGAGGAAAGUGAUUCAGGAUCGGAAAUAGGCUUCAAGUCUAAACAAAGGAAAGCACACAGAAGGCUUUCCACGUCAUCUUCACAAUCAUCGUUUUCUUCGUGGGAAACUGAAGAAAUUCGAUUUGAAAGGAUGGUAAAGAAAAUACCGCUUCAACAAGGUGUAAACGUCGAGAAGUUGUUGACCUUGAAACCAGUGGUCAGACUACGAAAGUUAAGCGAAGAUGAGAUUAAGACUAUGACCUCGUCCGAGAAUGAAGAGACAACGUUUGACUUUAACUAUCGUGUCAAACAGAACAAGAAUCAGCGUCGCAGGACGAUGACCGACUUGCAGUCGAUUAAGGACAUAAUUCGAUCGGACACCGACACAUUAACCGACGCGUCCGGAGGACAGGAAGUAAGAGAUUCAAAGACGCCAUCGCACAAGAGCUUCGCCAAACAAUUUAAGUUGAAACUGUUGGGAUCGAAAUCUGCCAGCCGCAAACGAAUCGGAUCCAGCAGCGAAUCUGAACAGGAACAACCUGCUAAGAAAUUAUGCUCCCCGCUAGUUGGACAGUCACAGAGCAAAACUCGUAUCUCACUGUUCCCGUCGGAAGAUUCGGAGAAUACUUGCCCUAACAGUCCCCAGAAGGUUUCUGUUGAACCCACUAGCGAACCGAAGCCUAAUUCCCCUUUGAAGUUGGAAACUCUGGCGUCGCAUGUGUUAUCACCACCGCCAACCAAAAAAUCUGGCGAUGGGGAAACCGCCAAUGCCAACUCCGCACACAAACCUGCUGUCCAGUAUCAGAAGACAUUGAUUAGUUUUUUCAUAAAGUCGCCGCCACUUUCGGACGGGAUUCCACUGGUGGCUAACGAUAGUUGCGGCAGCAGUGGCGGUGGUGGCGUUGGUGUUGGCGAUUGUAGCAGUGCAAUAUCAUCUCUCGGUAGCAGUUGCAAAAGUGCGAAGAAAACAUCGGGCAACGCGCAGCGGAAGAAGCUGGUGGAGUUGGAUCGCAGCCAGAAAAAUUUACUAGACUAUUUUAACCGAUGUUGAUUUGUGCUUACAAGAGCAAAAAAUAAAUAUAAUAAUCGCAGAUAUGUGUUAGUUUUAAGCGAAUAUUAUGAAAACAAUAUUUUGCCUGACGUUAAAAAUGUUCGAACCCUUUCGCCAUUGUAUGAUUAUUUUAUGAACUAAACUGAACCACGAAGGACGAUGCUGCCUGCAUUCUAUGAAUUGAAAAUUUAUAUUUUGACUUCAAUGAUUCAUGUAGGUAUAUUUCCGAAGCACCCAUAUACUUUUGAAAAAGAACUUACAGAACCGCUACGAAAGGAUAUGAAUAAACGAGUGGAAUGUUGUAAA